AUGUCAGAUUCCCCCGAAUCUGACCCUAAGCAAUCCCUCGCCUCUCUCAUAGCGUCCCUCUCGACCGUUGAAACUAGCUUAGAAUCCUUGUUAGACGAUCAGAAUCAAGCUGGACCAUCAAUGUGGUCGGACAAGUUGGAGAAGCUUUCAAUACUGGAUAGAGCCAAGAUGGAUGUGUUGGUUUCGUACACUGUAAACGACUUGAUAUGGAUAUAUCUGAAGUUGAAAGGUGUUGAUCCUGACAAACAUGAAGUGACGGCUGAACUUGAUCGCAUAAAGACUUAUUAUACCAAAAUCAAAUCUAUCGAAGAACCCGAAACUCGCCGUAACCGCAUAGAUUCCGAUGCCGCUCAUCGAUUCGUCAAAUCCUCCAUCCCCCGCUCACAGCAUCUCCCACCUACCUCUGCUGCUCAACUGGCACAUCAACAGGCGCAGAGUGCUAUUGCCGAACAAGAAGAGGAAGAGUCGCUGAGGAGGUUAGGCAAAGCUUCGAGAUUUAGGUUUAUAGAGAAAGAAGGGAAGGAGACGAUCAUCCCUGGACAAGAUGCAGAGGAAGAUAACGACAAUGAGGAUGAGGAUGAGGACGAGAACAUGGAAGAGGAGAGUGAAAGUAUAGAAGAGCAAGGGGGUUUGGAUGCCGAGGAGUUCUUGAAAGGCGUUGAGGAGGAGAUGAAAGGUCAGUAA